UGAUUUAGACAGCACGUUUUAGUCGUAUGCCACCUGCCUACGACAUGUCUUAGCCCUGAAUUACGAGCGGAGCCGUAGGUUAAUUUACAAUCUACGAUUCGAGUAGUAAAGGUGUCGCGGGCAAGUCGGAUACGACUAAAUCGCACUAUAUCAGACUGGUACAUACGAGCCUGCAAUCAUUCAGCAGCCAGCUUUCCAAGAUGGCGCCUCUGUCGUGUUUUUAGUGCCGCUUCUCACUGAAGUUUCCUUUCGCGUUCGCGAUGUAUUUAUGACGACAAAUCUAUUAAGAUAAAUUCAAUAAAGAGUUAAAACAUGGAUAAUCAAUUAAGUGAUAGUUCUGAUGACGAAUCUCCCACAGACGAUUGUUCAGAUGAAGGCGAAGUCGAACAUCUGAAAGAUGAACUAUCACAGAUUCCAUUUUGCGAACUUCAAGAUCUCAAGGAUAAGAUUGGAUCCAAAAAAUAUAAUUUGGCAAUUCAUGGUAUAAUGGAGGAGAGAACCCAAGGAAUACCAGAUCUAGAGACUAAAAAAAAAAAGAAUAAAGGGCCUCAAGAGUUAUCAUCAAAACAGCGAGUUCCCAAGUUAAGGAAGGUGGUGCAAGUCAAGAAAAAGAUGGGAAGAGAUCCUCGGUUUGAUGACUUAUCAGGAAAGUUUAAUGAGGAUUUGUUUAGAAAGUCAUAUUCAUUUGUUAAUGAUAUCAGAGUUGAAGAGAAGAAGAGUGUAGAGAAAGAACUGAAGAAAACAAAAAAUGCUGAGAAAAGAAAGAACUUACAUGAUCUCCUCAAAGUCAUGAAUCAGCAAGAGAGGUCAAGGAAGUCAGCAGAGGCAAAGAGAGAAAGCAAAAAGAAGAUCAAGGAAACAGAGAGAGAACUGGUUCAAAAAGGGAAGAAACCUUUUUAUCUCAGAAAAUCCGAGUUGAAGAAACUUGAGUUAGCAGAAAAGUACAAAGAACUGAAGUCUAAAGGCAAAUUACAGAAAUACUUGACUAAGAGGAGGAAGAAAACUGCAAGCAAGGAUAGACGGCAUGUCCCUGAAAGACGCCAAGUGGAUCAAUAGACAUAUUUGUUUUACUCUAAAUCAUGGAAUUUGGGCCUUGUAAAAAAAAUACCACUUAAUUGAGAAAAUGUAGGAAAUGUAUAGCUUAUGUACUUUAUUAUUAUUAUUUGUUACAAAUUUUAUACAUUUUCACAAAUUCUAAACAGAACCUUACUCUACAUUGUAGAGAAAAAGGGAAGUUCAAAGCAGUUUUUUAACAAUUAGAACACUGAGCAGUUGGAUCCAGGAGCUCAAAGGGGGGGGGGGGGGGGGGCAAAGGAAGGGUUUCCAGUAAAGGGUUGUACCAAGUAAUUCAAGAAAUUUUUAUAUAUAUUAAAGUAUUUCUUCCCUCUU